GGUAUCUACACCAUUAAGAUACAGGAUAGUAUUCCAUUACCUUACUAAUAUAACAAAAUUAUAAUUGGAUGAUGUCUGUAUAUGGAAGAUAUUUAAGAAAAUAAUUAAGAUUGCAUUGUGGCAAAGUCAGUUACUUCUUAUUUAAAAGCUACUGAACCGAUUUAAACAAAAUGUCUAUGGUACUAAUCUGAAACUAAAACAAUAAUUUUUAGAAAUUUUAUCUGUACGUUUGUUCUGGAAUCACGCAAUAACUGAUAUUCACGCAUAUGAACUAAUCGGCAAAGAGUUACAAAAUAAAUGAACUAAAUUCAAGAACUCAUGAUUUAAUUCUCAACUCAAGUCAUCAAUGACUCAGACUUAACAGUUUUUUUUUUAUCUAUCUAACAAACACUAAAAACAAAAUAAAUGUUAUCAAAAGUACCUGAACAAAUGUAUGUAAAAUAUAGUUAACUACUUACACUUAUAUGUAUAUUAAAUGCAGUUCCUGAAGAACUAACUCAAAAAUUGGUGUAUGUUUUAUUUCAAUAUGCCAUCUAAAAGUGGUCUAUUUCAUUGGCUUACCUGCUUCUGAAAACUACGCAAGUUGUUAUUUAUAAAUAGCAAAAUAGCAAAUUUAUAGCUGAUUAAUCGUUUACAAAGACAUAAGGAUAAACGGAACGCAUCAGAUAAAUGUCAUAACUGUCAGAGCUGGAGAAGUCAGCGAAAAAAAAUUAAGAAAUAUUUUUAAUUUGACCCGCCAAUUUUAUUGUUAAUUUUUUUCUAUAAUUUAAUGGUUUCCAAUAAGUAUUCGUAUACGUUGCUCAUCCAUGUUUCUGAAUUUAAUCUUGUUAAGUUGAUAAGUAAUUGCUAUUGUUUACAAUUUCAAAUACAUAUUGGAAAGUACACUGUCUACACAAUAAUUUGUUCGCAACUUUUAUUAUAACUAUUUUAUUGCUGAAUCGCAUAUAGUUUAAAAAGAUCGACAUUAAACUAUUAAUCGAACUAUUUUUACGCAAAAGGAAAGAUGUCCAAGGAUUAUUUUAGUACAUAUAAAAGUCCAAACAUUGUACUAACAAUGCCAUUUUGCGACGGCCCUCCUGCUAAGAAGUUUAAAUGCAACCAAGACACGAGCCGGGCUCCAGUGGAAUAUAACGAAGCAAAUCGUGCAGUCGCUUCUUUGCGGGAACAUGCUACGGUGUCGUCAGAUGCAAUUAGUGCAAAUAUAGAAAACGCAAAUAUUGUGCAGGUAAACGAUAAGCCAAUUGAAGCUUUACAGACCAUUGGAGAAUCCCAGGAUACAGUUUUAAAUCAAAGCAUUUCGUUAAAUCAAGAACCAUCUGUGAGUUAUAAAAGUAGUUUUGAAACAUCAACACAAGCUGUGCCAAACUUAUUAGCAUGCGAUAAAACCUGUAUGGAUACAGAGUCUCAGAAUCAAAACAGUAUAAACAUGUAUAAAAAUCCUCUUAAAAAUUUUGUUAUACCUAAAAUUACACAUAAUCAGGAAAGUGCUCCUCAUAAACUAUCAAAGUAUUCGGAUAUAAGUAACGAUAUUUCUACGAAUAAUUCAAAUAAUCUAAAAGAAAAUAACACGGACUUAAACCAAGAUUCCAUAAAGUCUAAAAAAUAUAUAAAGGGGUCAAAUUAUAUAAAGGGGUCUAAAAAAAAUAGCGAUUCGAAACCAACUAAAAGACUUAAUAAAAGUAACACUGAAGAAACAACAUUACGAAAUCCUAAAUGUUAUAAAAAAAAUAAACUGUCUAAAAGUAUUAAAAAGGAAUCCGCUGAACUAAAAUGUAAAAAAGGUUUAACGGUGAAAAAAAUUCAUGAUAAAACUAGGAAAAAAGAAUCUUUAGUUCCCGAGUCCUCUAUGAGUGAUAAUGACAGUUCUCAAACAUUGAAACAGUCUAUACCAAAUCUUUUACAACACAAUGAGUCUUAUGUUAAUACAGAGUGUAAUAAUUUAAAAAUAUAUAAAAAUCCAGAAAACAAAUUUGUUAUACCAAAACGAAAAAACAAUUUAGACAUCUCAUGCUCCGAUAAAAAUAACGGAAAAUCCAUAAAUGAUGGUGACAAUGAUAAAAAUAAAAUAGAUUUAGACCAAAAUUUUACGAAAACAACUAGCAGUUUGGUCAAGAACGACAAGGGAAUGAAUAAAUCAAUAUGUUAUUCGAAAUCAAAUUACACAAAAGAUUUUAUAAAAGAGAGUGAAUCAGUAACAAUUAAUCUUAAACACAAGACUAAACGGCAUACAUCACUGCAAAAUCAUGCAGAUAAAAAAAUACACACAAAUUUUAAUAAAGUUCAGAAAGAAAUCUCAGAAUUGAAAAACAAAAAGAAAUUGGCAUCGAAAAAUGUUCACGAUGCAAUUAGGAAAAAUAGUAAAAAAAAAGAACUAAAAUCCUUAAAACAUAAACCAAAGUCAAACGCAGGCAAAACAAAAUCUGAAAUCAAGAUAAAAAAUAAAGAUGAAUUUAAAGCUAGUAGUGAGCGUCAAAUGAAAAUCAAAUCCAUUAGUGAUAAAAUAAGCAGCAAAAUAGUUAAGUCAGAUUGUAAAGAUAAAGAUAGAAAACAAUCCAUAAAACAUGAAAAUAUUGAGUUACAAAAAUCUAAACGACAAAAGUCUGAAGUAGUAGAUACACAUGAAUCUGAGCAAAAUAAGCCUCAUAAAAGUGUAAUUAAUACUACUAACCAACGUCUUUUAAAAAGACCUCCUAGUAAACAUAAUAUCAAUUUAAGAACAAAAUAUGAUAAUAAAAGUGAACUAUUUAAACAUUAUAGAGAAGAAAUAUAUAAAAGACGCAAAAAAAAAUUAUCCAUGAAUACAAACGAAAAUGCAUCACUCACAGCUGAUAAUAUUCUAGUUAAAAAAAGUGAUAAUAUUAAAGAUUCGGUAGAAAUAGAGGCCUGUAAAAAAGAUUCUAAUUCAGACGAAUGUGAAAAUAUUAAGGUGAUUAUAAACGUAUUUUAUAAAUCAUCAUCUGAGGAUACAGAAAAAGAAUCUGACAACGUUGAAAAAAAAUCGCAACCAGUUACAGAUGAUAUCUGCUCCAGUUUUCUAGAUGAUUUUAAUAUUGAUGAAAUUGUUGAAAGUUUAAAUAGUUUCGAAAAAGAAAAGAAAGAUUCUAUUGGAAUGGUUCUACCACAUACGGUUGAAAGUAUCACAAUUACAAAUAAUGGAUUAAUAAUUAAUAAAGAAUGUACUGAAACAACGAGUAAAAUUGAAGAAAAUAACAGCAACAUUAAAGAAAAUGCUUGUGCAUUGGAAGUAGAAGAUAUUAUAAAAAUAUUAAGUGAAGGAUCGCCUACUGAAGAAACAGAAACUUUAUCGGACGAUACCAACAAGAAUAAAUUGUCAACUAAUAAUGAUACCAAAUGUCAAAAACAGAGUUCAACAUGUAAUAAUACUAUACACAAAAGUGUUGUUGAGGACAAACAUGCACGUAUUAAGAACGAUGCAUUAAAUAACACUGAUACAUCUUUAAAAAAUGAAACAGUUAUUAUAGACUUAGCUGAUGAAAAUACUAUACCCAAAAGUGUUAUAGAGGACAAACAUGCAUGUAUUAAAAAUGAUGCAUUAAAUAUAACUGAUACGUCUUUAAAAAAUGAAACAGUAAGUAUAGACUUAGCUGAUGAAAAUACUAUACCCAAAAGUGUUAUUGAGGACAAACAUGCAUGCAUUAAAAAUGAUAUAUCAAAUAACACUGAUAUGCCUUUAAAAAAUGAAACAAUAAUUAUAGACUUAGUUGAUGAAAAUUCGCAAGAUGGUAAUAUACCUCAAAGGUUAAACGAAACUCAGCAUAAACAUAAUGAGCAAUUUGAUAAAAAAAAAUCUGCAACAGAAGUAAAUGGAGAUAUAGUUAUGGAAAUCAUAGAUCUUACUACUGAUAAAAAAUGGGUAUCAGAUACAUCACACAUUGAAUUAAAUGAAAAUGGAAUUAACAGGAAACCCGGAAAUUUACGAAAUCCGGAAAAUGAAGCUAUGCUCACAAAGACAUGCACAAAUUGUGAACAAACACAAAAUAACAUGAAUUCAAUUCACUUAAUUACCAAAUUAAAUGACAAUAAAGCAAAUAUUGAUAAGCUACCAGUAAAGCAUAGUAAGAACAAAGCACUAAAUACUAGCGAUGUGCCAUAUGUAGAUAUAAUUUCUAAAAGGGAAACCAUAGUUAUAGACUUAGUUAAUGAAAAUUCACAAAAUAGUAAUUUACUGCAAGAUUCAAAUAAUACUCAGCUUAAUAAUAAUAAUCAAGUUGAAAUUAUUGCGUGUGAAGAAAACAAAGAAUCUUCACGAAAGGAAGUCGCGGAUCCUAAUAUUGGUGGAAUAUGCAAAUCAUUAUCAAUCAUUAAACCAAGAGAAAGUAAAUUUGACUGUAAUUCGGAUAGUAAUAAUUUGUUAAAUAUUCAAGAUUCCAAAAAAAAUAUAAUGGCCAGAAAGACGUGUACAAACUGUGGACGAAUUAAAAACAAUGUCAGUUCGAAUGACAAAAUUACUAAUUUAAAUGAUGUUGGUAAAAAAACAAUAAUUAAUAAAAAUCCUGUAGUACACAUUAGGAAUGAUACCCUAAAAAAAGAAACGUUUACUGCUUUACGAGAUGAAAAUUCGGAAGUUGGUAAUAUGCCUACAAAAUCAAAUAAUACCCAACAUAGAUACAAUGAACAAAUUAAUAAAACAGAAACGACCGUAGAAAUGAAGAAAGACACUCCCGUUAUGGUAAUAGAUCUUGUUACAGACGAAAAUUGGGAAUCGAAUACAACAUCAAAAAUUAAAGAUGAAGAAAAUAAAUGUGAUUCUAAUUUAGAAAGUAAUAAAUCAUUAAAUGUACAAGAUCAAGAAAAAGAUUUAUCGUCUGAGCAAACACAUACAAAUCGUGAACAAAUUCAAAGCUGUAUCAAUGCAAAUAACACAAAUACUAAUUUAAUUAAUAAUAGAGUAAUUGUUACAGAAGAGACACUACAGAAUAAUUUAAUCUCAAAAAAUGAUAAUAAUCAGUCUGCGGCCGUAACGGCUAAAACAGAAAUUGAAAAAGUGGUAGAAUCUGUUAAUAUACCCAAUACCUCACAAAAUGAUUUAAAUGUGGAAAUGGUAAACAUCAAUAACGAUACUAAUGCAAGUUCGAAUGCAAAUUUAAAUAGUAGAACCAAAGAUGCUGUUACUGAUGAGUUUAUCAAGACUUUAAUGGGAAAGAUAGAAUAUGGAAUGAUGAAACAUUUGGGGCUUUCAAGUACAAUAACAGCAUUAAUAAAGAACGGCAAAAAUUCAAGAAUAUUCCAUUGUAAGGACACAUUUGGAACAGAUUUUGUUAUUAAGUCUAUAAAUAAAAUGUAUUCUGGAUCAUUGAUAACUGAUAGGCUAAGAAUGAUCCAAGAUAAUGUAUUAAAACAAAAUUUAAACAUUGUGUACUUUAUAAACGAGUUUACGCUUGACUGUGGUCGGCAUUGCUUCUUAAUGGAAUAUUACCCAAAGACAUUGAAGGAGGCCCUUGAGGAAAAUAAGAAACCAUUCCACAUAAAUGUCGUGCAGAUUCUGUCGAGGCAGCUGACUUCAGCCCUUCUGAUGCUCAGACACAACAGUAUAGUGCAUUUGGACAUAAACCCGAACCAUAUACUUCUCAAUCACACAAAUAACAAACUAAAGCUAUGUGGCUUUGACAAUUCAUACUUUAAGGAUCAUAUAAUUUAUAGGCCUAAUAUAAGCUGUCCUAAAUACCGCGCCCCAGAAAUUAUACUUGGCUACCAGAUAGGUUACCCCGUUGACAUAUGGGCUACCGGGCUGGUCAUGCACGAAAUGGCUACAAACAAUUCAUUAUUUCGUAAUGGUAAUAACCACCAACUGUUAUAUAAACAAAUGUGCAUAUUGGGGAACAUCCCUAGCGAAAUGAUAGCAAGAUCCCUGUUUAAAGAUGAGCAUUUUUCUGGAAACCGUUUCGCCCAAACAGAUGUAUUUGGGCAGGUUAGGUACAUAACUGUAUUCAAUAGAACUAAUGCCCUGAAAUCGUCAAUCUACAAAGCAUAUUUCACUGUAUGGGGUGACAGUAAUUCUGAACAAAAACAGAAAGAUCUUAUUUUACUGAAUGACUUCUGUAAGCUUCUGGAAGAAAUGUUGGUAAUGCACCCUUCUAACAGAAUGCCCAUAGAGUAUGUCUACGCAAACCCUUUUAUUUAUGAGUAGUUUAUUCUAUAAACAUUUUUUUUUCUUUUUAUAAUAGACAUGCCAAUGGUUUCCUAUUUAUUGUAGUUAUCCUCCAAAGACUGUCUACGCAAAACCUUUUAUUUAUUUUUAUUUUUAUAUAACAAGUUUUUUUUUCUUUUUAUAAUAGGCAUGCUUGCAUGCAUUUUCUAUUUAAAAGUUAAGUUCCUAAUAGGUUUAAGUUAAUUUCAUGGCAAUAAAGCUAUUUCUAUAUUAAAAUAUGGUUUGUUUUAUAAACGAACAACGAAAGUAUUUCUUUAUAGUGAUAAUAAGCUCUAGGGUUGUGUUUUUUUUUUCUUAAUAAAAGCCUUUUUUUAUUAAAAUAAAAAAUAUUGGUUU